GAGAAAUUAAGCCUUUCUAUUUAUAACUUGAAAAGAAAAAAGCAUCAUAUUUCCACAACUGUAAACCUUUAAAUUUCUCAUUUCUCUAUUUUAUUCUAUCCACAUCAACGCUCAUCUCUUUCAUUGAUUUUUUUUACACACAGUAUUAUUGUUUUAAUCUUACAUGGGUUCUUCAAGGUCAUCUAGCCGCGACUCGCGCGGUCCUCGCAGGGAGACACACAAGGGACGGUCCAACUCGCGAUCAUCUUCCUCCGAUUCGGGCUCCGACUCGUCAUCAUCUCGCUCAUUAUCGCGUUCGGGCGGCGGAAAACACAAGAAGGAGAAAAAGGAGAAAAAGGACAAGAAAGAAAAGAAGGACAAGAAGGACAAACAUAAGAAGGACAAGGAAGGAUACGAAGUUGUGCCUAGCCAGCACAUAAGUGCACAGCAGGUAUUGGUCGGCCAUGCCAUUCCGGGUCAGACCCAUGUUCAGGAAACCCUCAGCAGCAGCAGCAGCAACAACAACAUACCCAGGGUAGUCCUCAACAGCAGCUUCCAUUCCAUCCGGCUCCUACUGUCCCAGGUUAUCCUCCGCAUCAGGGGUAUAUCCAGCAGCAGGCUCAAGUAUAUACUCAGGCACAGGGCCAUGGUCAACAGCAGCACCAAGGAUAUCCUCAGCAGCACCAAGGAUAUCCUCAGCAGCAACAUCAAGGAUACCCUCAGCAGCAGCAGGGCUACCAUCAACAGGCUUAUACUCAGCAGCAGCAGGGUUAUCCCCAACAGCAGCAGCAGCAGCAUGGUCAGCAGUACGGAGGACCUCAGCCUUCUUUAUAUAAGGGACCUUCUCAGGGUGGAAAUUAGCAGUUUAGUUUAUAUUUUUAUUUGGCCAAUUGGAAAUAUUGCCGCGAGAUAUCAGUCUUGCCCUUCCCCUUUCCUAUCCAUACGCAUCAGUUACAUGCCCGUGUGUUUUCUCAUUCUACUAGAUUCAAUUACAGGGAAGCGGCACCAUUUUCCUUGCCCCUUCUGUUCCCUCCUUACUGCCUGAUCAUGCACGCAAAGCAAUGUCUAUUAACGCUGCCCCCCCUCUUUUGGAUGGCCAACUCCCAGUUGCAAGCAUUGCUACUCCCCCCCCAUUAUUGAUGACACAGCACAAGUUUCAACUGAUGUCUUCUGUGGAUGA